AUGGGAGACCCACCGCAUAACUCUGGUAAAAAUCAAGGGCAAGGGCAGACUGCUGUUUAUAAGAGAAACAUUGUUGCUUCUAGUCCUAAAGCAUUUCCUCGGAGUGCUUACAAGCAUGUAGUUUCGUCAAGACAUAGUACUGGCCCAGUUGGUCAGACAGCAAUGUUUUUACUCAAAGUUGCUGCGUUAGAGACUGUACGAAGGGUUUCGAGGUCUAAAUGUCCCCAUUUGUGGAAUGGUCUUCAGGCUUUGCAACUUCUUUGCUAUCCACCGUUUAAGUGGAUUCAAAGAUGGGCACCCUUCAAGGGUUUCGUUAAAGGCGUACAGAUGUUUUCGAGGCCAUUAUUAGUCCUUUCGAUUGCAACAGCUAUAUUUGAUCAAUCAAACUGCAGCGGUGGAAACUCAGAUGACACCAAUAAUUCUCAUUCUGAUUCAGAAACAUGUUCUGAGUCACUCUCUGCACGUUCUUCUUUUGAAGCUAGGACUUCUGAUGUGGCCUCUCAAAGUAUAGCAUCUGAAAAUUGGCUGAUACAACUGCUUAGAGAGCUAGAAAAUCAAGGAAUUGCAUUACCAGAAAGAAUUAAUGAAGACGAGCUCCACAGAUUUUAUACAGCAGCAAAUGGGGACUUUUCAUGCCUUUUAUUGUCAAUUAAGAAGACAAUCCGUUGGCGGGAGACUUAUAGAAUUCUUUCACAACAAGAGCUUGAAAUGUGGUCAAAUAUGGUCUUCUGGCAUGGUCUUGAUGUGCUGAACCGACCUUGCCUCAUCGUGCGGCUUGGUCUAGCUUGCGCCAACUUGCCAUCUCAUGAGAGGCCUCGCUUUGCUCAAGCAAUCAUAUCUCAGGUGGAUCAUGGGGUCCUGCAUUUAGUUGGUGAAGAUAGUCCUCAGAUUACAGUUCUUGUGGAUUGUGAUGGGAUAUCACCAUUGAAAAUUCCUAUGCAAAUGAUGAGAUCCUGUUCUUCACUUCUGCAAGAUAACUUUCCCAACCGUCUUGGUCUUUUGCUUGUUAUACGGCUUCCUCCAGUAGUUCGAGUUAUUGCUCAAACCUUUAUUCAAGUUCUGAAACCUGUGACGAGGAAGAAGUUGAGAAUUGAAGGCAACAGGUACCACAGCGUCCUCUCUGGGUACCUUAAGACAGUCCCAUCAUAUCUUGGAGGCAAUUGCACUUGUGAGUCAUGCUCAGACAUGCAUAUUAUGCAGCAGCCACAAUCUGCAAACGAGAUCAACAUGGUCAGGCCAUAUUUUAGUGACGGCGAGGAUCUUCCUUCACCACAUCUGACCAGUCAGGCUGAUGUUCAAUUGAAUGAUAACUGGAACCACUUGUUGAGAACUCUUGUAAUUGGCAUUCUUAUGGUGUGGGCUGUUAUAGCUCUCAUUGCAGGAAUAUAUGAUCCCGAAAGCCGUCCCUUUUAG